GAAAUUCUGUCAAAGGAAAAUACUGUAUUAAGAUCUAUUCCGGCUCCUGUGAGGAAUUAUUUAAAGUUUUAAAAUAACUUAGAUACGUUAACUGAAACCUUAGUACUUUAUUUCGUUUUUCUUUAACUUUAAUAAAAAACUGAGGUUAACGGGCCUUAACACGCAAGGCGACAUACAUGCACCAAAUUCAUGUUUCUGCAGUUUAUGGAACCGUGUUCGCAAAGCAGAACGAUGGCAUUUAAAACCAGUACAUUUUUGUCACAGUUUGACAGGUGCGUUUCAUAGUCCUUAAUUUCUUCUACGAAAAUGAGCAUCUUAUACGUGCGGACAUAUGCUGGAGAUGAACCGGGAGGAGCGGAGUUUACCGUAGGGAGGAAACCGCUCGUCGGCGGUGUCCUCGUGAUCGCAAUAGUUCUAUGAAUAUUGCAGGAGCUGAUGUCAGCGCGCGGUAUAAAGCGAUGCCACGUUUUGGACAGUCAGUGCCCUGCGAGCGGACUCCGCAGCCCUUCCAGUACCAGAACCAGUCCCAGUCCGAGUACCAGUCCCAGUACCAUGGCGAGCGGCCGGCUCGUUCUCCUCAGCGUGUCCUGCUCCGUCCUCUUCCUCCUGGGCGCCUGUGAUGAGUCUCUGGAGACUCGUUCGCCGGAGAACCCCGUCAAGACCCAGGAGGAGAAGGAGCUGAUUGAAGCUUUGCAAGAAGUUCUGGAGAAACUGAAAAAUAAGCAAAUGCCCUCAGCGGAGAAGAAACUGGGCUGGGUUCCAUCGUGCGACGCCGGGGAGCAGUGCGCCAUUCGCAAGGGCGCCAGGAUCGGGAAGCUGUGCAACUGUCCGCGGGGAACCUCCUGCAACUUCUCCAUCCUCAAGUGCUUGUAGAGAGAGAACGGGGCGCGGAGUCUUCUUCCGAGCGUCAUUUCGCCGUGACGAUGCCGCGUGGAAACUUCGCGCUGCUGUUCCUGCUUCCCUUCCCUUUCGAGUAGCGUUGGGAGUAAUUGAAUUAAAACAAUCCAUAGCCUAUAAGUUGUCUUUUAUAACCAUUUGAAGCCACUUUUCUUUGAACUACAAGUAAAAAGAUGAAAUGUUUAUCUAGCGCUCUUUUAAAUCAUCCAGUGCGUCUCCCACGUUUCCUUGCUUAUUCAUGGACACUGUAUUUGAUGGGCAUAAAUGCUUCUCUCUUCGUUGUACUACCUCCUUGUUUCAAGUCAUACCUGAUUUAUAGCUACUUGUUGUCUUCCGAAUGUCUAUUAAAAUACUUAAUUUUUAUUUUCUUCCUUCCUUUCCUGUUCUGAACACCUCUAAUGACAACGUGGUAAUGUUGUUAAAGUCUCCAUGAAGUUGUUCUGUAUCGAAUUACUCUUGCUGUCUGCAAUAUGAUAAUUAUAAACCGGUUCUUAUAGUGAAAUACUUAAUGUAAACGGAUGUAUUAUUAUUCCAAGGCAAUUAAC